CACUUUUGUAACACCCCAAAUUGGGAUGUAAUGAAAUGUUGGAUGACUUUUACCCUUAUUCCAAAAUCUAUCCAUUCCCAUCCUCUAUUAUUUUUCCCGCAGCAAAGAGCCAGACGGUACUCCUUCACUCCUGCGGCUCCAGCAAAGAUUGGUCUCCUUGUCCAGAUUUAUCCUUUUUUUCCCCUAAUUUUCUUCAUCUUUUUUCCAUUUAUCCACUCAGUACUUGUUAUUCAGAUUCGAUGUGUUCUCCGACCAAUAUAUAUGAAUAUAUAUUGUUAUUGACGAGGUGUUCCUUCUAACUCGUGUUUGAUGAUCUUAUGAUUUGGUUUUUAGAAUUCUCUACCUUUUGUUUUCAUUUAUUAUUUCAACAAUGCUUGGUAUCCACUCUUAUACCAACCUUAUAUCCACCAUGUUUGUGAAGUGUUUUUUUGUCCGUGAAUUCGAUUCACACACAAUAUUUUGUUUGUGCAAAAUAUUGUCCGUUAACCGGCAUUCACAGACAAAAAUAAAACACUUCACAAACAUAAGUGAAUACAAAAGUGGUUAUAAGAGUGAGUACAAACAUUAUUUUUGUUAUUAUUAUUCCGUUGGUGGAUGUCGUUUUCGUUCUGUUUCAUCUUUGUUGGAGAGUCCUUUUUAGUUUUAACUUCACCUUUUUUUGUAUGGUUGGAAAUCAAUGCGUAGGAAAACAAUAAUUAUUAUAUCCAUUAAUUCUAAUAGUAGGAAAACAAUUAUCCAAUAUCCCAUUGGAGGAUGGCCGGCAAAUCAAUCGCAAUCUCAUGUUUUUUAGCAGUAUAUUAGACUUAUGGUAAACACUUCAAUUUUAACCCUUCCAUUACUAACACUUCCAUUUUUUUAGCUCCCCUAAGAGCAUCUCCAAUAUUAGAAUGUGCACGGUGCACAUGUGCCAUGAGAGAGAUAGAUACAAAAUAUUGAUUUUAUGACAUUUUUCUCUCCUUCUUUCCACAGUCUUAUGUGUUUUGGCUAAGUUUUUGUCUGCAAUGUCAACUACAAUGUCUAAUCUAAACAUUGUGCUUGACAUUGAAAAGAAAAACUUAUCAAAAUGAUGUUGGUGGGGAGGACAGGGCAAACGCUUACCAUCCAUGGCGCUUCAACAUUGCUUCACCUCAUCAAACUUCAAAUCCUUGAAGUUCACUGCCGCCACUUCUCUCUCCCUAUUCAGACUGCAUCCUAAAACCGUGCCCGUACGCCUAGUCCCACUCUUGCUCAGAGCUCUAUCUGUUUCCGCCGCUGGGGACCAAUCCACAGUCGCCGGAGCUUCUACCGCAUCCAGAGACAGUAAAGCUGCGAAUCAGUGGAAAGCUGCGAUAGAUUUCAAGUGGAUUAGGGAGAACAAGGAUUCUGUGGCAGUGAAUAUUAGGAACCGAAACUCGAGUGCGAAUUUGGGGCUUGUUCUAGAGCUGUACCAGCGUUUACUCGAUGCUCAGAAGGAAGUUGAAAGGCUUCGUGCAGAGAGGAAUGUUGUUGCAAACAAGAUGAAAGGAAAUCUGGAACCUACUGAGCGCCAAAAACUCAUAGAAGAAGGUAAAAAUUUGAAGGAUGCGCUUGUUAAUCUGGAAGAAAACCUCACCAAGCUCUCAGACGAGCUUCAUCAAGAAGCCCAUUCUAUACCAAAUAUGACACAUCCAGAUGUCCCGAUAGGAGGAGAGGAUUCUUCAACUGUUCGGAAAAUGGUUUCUAAACCGCGUGAGUUUGGUUUCCCUGUGAAGGACCAUGUCCAACUCGGCAAGGAAUUGGAUUUGUUUGAUUUUGAUGCAGCUGCUGAGGUCAGUGGCUCAAAGUUUUAUUACUUAAAGAAUGAAGCAGUUAUGUUAGAAAUGGGUCUCGUGAAUUGGACUCUCUCAGAAGUAAUGAAAAGAGGCUUUGUGCCACUGACUACCCCAGAAAUUGUCAGGUCUUCUCUUAUUGAAAAGUGUGGCUUCCAGCCUCGUGGAACUACCACUCAGGUUUACUCCAUUGAGAACAGUGAUCAAUGCCUCAUUGGCACAGCUGAGAUUCCAGUGGGGGGAAUCCAUAUGGAUUCCAUACUUCCUGACUCAUCAUUGCCACUGAAGUAUGUAGCGUUCUCCCAUUGUUUCCGCACAGAGGCUGGUGCUGCUGGCACUGCGACCAGGGGUCUUUAUCGAGUACACCAGUUCAGCAAGGUGGAAAUGUUCAUAUUGUGCCGUCCAGAGGAAAGUGAUGCUUAUCACGAAGAGCUUAUUGAGAUUGAAGAAGAGCUUUUCAGGUCUUUGGGACUUCAUUUUAGAACAAUGGAGAUGGCAUCAGAGGAUUUAGGUGCACCCGCUUAUCGUAAAUUUGAUGUAGAGGCAUGGAUGCCUGGUCUGGACCGCUACGGCGAGAUAUCAAGUGCAUCAAAUUGUACUGACUAUCAGAGCAGAAGACUGGGAAUAAGGUAUCGCCCAGAAUUGUUGUCAUCAUCAGUUACUAGUUCAAAGAAGGGGAAAAGUAUGGCUCCCCCGCAAUUCGUUCACACGCUUAAUGCCACAGCGUGUGCAGUUCCUCGCAUGAUUGUUUGCUUGCUUGAGAAUUAUCAGCAAGAAGAUGGCUCUGUUAUUAUUCCAGACCCCUUACAUCCUUUCAUGGGUGGCCGUCAUGUAAUCACACCUAGAAUGAAGUAGGGAGUUGGAUUUGAGAUAUUUGAAUACCAGUUGGAUCAGCAUAAUUUAGGAAAAAAGAACAGAUCUGUAUUGAGUAUUUUUGUUGAUGUCCUUACAUGGGGAGUGCCAAUUUCCUCAUUAUAUUUUGACGCCUUUACCAUUUUACUACUAUUAUUACAAUUCUUUUUAUGGAAAAUUUUGGGUGAGAUGCAGUCCUCACUCCUCAUUACGUAGUUGUUUAGUGUUGUGUGUACAUUCUUCCAGUUAUGCUACAUUGAAGGAGCUCAGUACCUAGUCCUUUAUUUGGGUGUUUACAUUCUUC